AUGGAGGAAGAGGGGUUCGGGAAGUCAUGGCUUGGGCUGGGGAUAGGCGGCGGCGGCGGCUGCGAUCUGAUGAAGCGGAGCCGACCACCGGUGCAGUUCGACCUGAUGCUGUUCCCGCAGAGUGUCAAGGAAGAAGCUGCCGUGACGACCGCGAGCAAGAAGGCGGAGAAAGGUGCACGAAAGAGGUUGAAGGUCACUGCCGACGACGAUGGCCAGUCGUCGCACGGCGGUCCGAGUCCCAGCGACGGCGGCGGUGACGACGACGGCGCCGGCGCAGGCACGAGGAAGAAGCUCCGGCUCACCAAGGAGCAGUCGACGCUGCUCGAAGACACCUUCUGCGCCCACAACAUACUCUCCCACGCUCAGAAGCAGCAGCUCGCGCGGCAGGUGAAUCUAAGCGCCAGGCAGGUGGAAGUGUGGUUCCAGAACAGGAGGGCAAGAACAAAGCUGAAGCAAACAGAGGUGGACUGCGAGAUCCUGAAGCGCUGCUGCGAGAGCCUGACCGGGGAGAACCAGCGGCUGAGGCUGGAGCUCGCGCAGCUGCAGCGGUCGGCGGCGGCCGCUGGCCUCUACGUCCAGUCGUUCCCGCCGACGGGCACGGCCAUGGCAAGCGUCUGCCCUUCCUGCGACAAGGUCACCGUGACGAGCGGCGGCGGCGAGACCAGCGGCAAGAGCUCCACCAGCUACUCCUCUUGA